UAAAAGUUUCCUCCGGCCGGUACGCGGGGCGAAGCGAGCCUUGGCUGUCCGCGCCGGGAUGCUGCGCCUGGGGAGGCUGUGCGUCGGGAGCCCGGGGGCGCUGGGGGCCCGGGCGCUCCUCUCUCGGAGUUGGCAGGAAGCGAGGUUGCAGGGUGUCCGGCCCCUCAGUUCCGGAGAGCUGGAUGGUGGGGCACCCCUGCCCAUUGGAGGCCUCAGCUAUGUUCAAGGGCGCACCAGAAUCCGUCUCAUCAGCAAGACUGUCGGCCGGUGCCUAGAUACCACAGCACAGAGGGUCCCGGACCGAGAGGCCUUGGUGGUUCUCCACGAAAAUGUCAGGUUGACCUUUGCCCAGCUCAAGGAGAAGGUGUCUGUGAACCCAGCCUACCAGGCCAUGGAGCUGGAGUAUGUCCUCAGGAAGGUGGGCUGCAAGGCCCUCGUGUUCCCCAAGCAAUUCAAGACACAGCAAUACUACAACAUCCUGAAGCAGAUCUGUCCGGAGCUAGAAAAUGCCCAGCCGGGAGCCUUGAAGAGUCAGAGGCUCCCAGAUCUGUCCACAGUCAUCUCGGUGGACACCCCGAUGCCAGGGACCCUGCUGCUGGAUGACGUGGUGGCGGCAGGCAGCACAGAGCAGCAUCUGGCCCGGCUCCGGCACACCCAGCAGUUCCUGUCCUGCCACGACCCCAUCAACAUCCAGUUCACCUCGGGGACGACAGGCAACCCCAAGGGGGCCACCCUCUCCCACUACAACAUUGUCAACAAUUCCAGCAUGAUAGGGGAACGCCUGAAGCUUCAUCUGAAGACGCCAGAGAAGCUGCGGGUGGUCCUGCCCAGCCCUCUGUACCACUGCCUGGGUUCCGUGGGGGGCACGAUGGUGUGUGUGAUGUACGGUGCCACUCUCAUCCUGUCUUCUCCGAUCUUCGAUAGCAAGAAGGCUCUGGAGGCCGUCAGCAAAGAGAGAGGCACCUUCCUGUACGGCACCCCUACGAUGUUCGUGGACAUUCUGAACCAGCCAGACUUUUCCAGUUAUGACAUCUCGACCAUGUGUGGAGGUGUGAUCGCUGGGUCCCCUGCACCCCCAGAGCUGAUCCGAGCCAUCAUCAACAAGAUCAAUAUGAAGGAGAUGGUGGUUGCUUAUGGAACCACAGAGAACAGUCCCGUGACGUUCAUGAACUUCCCUGAGGACACUGUGGAGCAGAAGGCGGAAAGUGUGGGCAGAGUUAUGCCUCACACGGAGGCCCAGAUUGUGAACAAGGAGGCGGGGACGCUGGCAGAGCUGAACACGCCUGGAGAGCUGUGCAUCCGAGGCUACUGUGUCAUGCUGGGCUACUGGGGCGAGCCUCAGAAGACGGAAGAAGCCGUGGGCCAGGAUAAGUGGUAUCGUACAGGAGACAUCGCCACGAUGGACGAGCAGGGCUUCUGCAAGAUCGUGGGUCGCUCUAAGGACAUGAUCAUCCGGGGUGGGGAAAACAUCUACCCCGCAGAGCUGGAGGACUUCUUCCACACCCACCCACAGGUGCAGGAGGUGCAGGUGGUGGGCGUGAAGGACGAGCGAAUGGGGGAGGAAAUCUGUGCCUGCAUUCGGCUGAAGAAUGGGGAGAAGGCCACCGCAGAGGAGAUCAAAGCUUUCUGCAGAGGGAAGAUCUCUCACUUCAAGAUUCCCCGCUACAUCGUGUUCGUCACAAACUACCCCCUCACCAUCUCUGGAAAGGUCCAAAAAUUCAAACUUCGAGAGCAGAUGGAACGACAUCUCAAUCUGUGAAGAAAGGGGGAGGAGGGGUCCUUCCAGGCC